AUGACAGGAAAAGGGAAGAAAAAUGAAUGUGAAGAUGAAAAGGCUGUCUCAUUCGCAGUUUACUCAGAGGUCAAAGUUGUUCCGGCUCUCAAAGUGAGAACAAUACCUCCGGGGGUGCUCCAGCUGACAUCUAAGAAACCCAACCCCAAGGGGUGCUCCGCCUGGCAUCCAAGAGGCCCAACCCCUCGGGGGCUGCCCCACCUGACAUCUAAGGAGCCCAACCUCCCAAGGGGUGCGUCAUCUGGUAUCCAAGAAACCCAACCCCUUGCGAAAUGCACCCCUUGGCAUCCAAGGCACCCAACCCCCGGGAGCUGCCCCAUCCAGCAUCCAAGAAGCUCAGCCCCUCGGGGGCUACCCCACCUGACAGCCAAGAUGCCCAACACCGAGGGGUUGCCCCCCUUGGCAUCCAAGGAGCCCAACCCCUCGAGGACUGUUCCACCUGGCAUCCAAGGAGCCCAACCCCUCGGGGACUGUUCCACCUGGCAUCCAAGCAGCCCAACCCCUCGGGGCUGCCCCCACCAGAUUCCAGGAAGCCCCACCCCGCGGAGGCUUCUCCCCAUGGCAUCCAAGGAGACCAAUCCCCCAAGGGCUGUGCCACCUGGCAUUCAAGAGGCCCAACCCCUCGGGGACUGCCCCACCUUACAUCCAAGAGGCCCAACCGCCAGGUACUGCCGCCCAUCCAGGAAGCCCGACCCCCCGGGGGUGUGUCACCUGGUAUCUAAGAAGCCCAACCCCCUGGGGGCUGUCCCACCUGGCAUCCAAGAAGCCGAACCCCCAGUUGCUGCCCUCCUUGGCAUCCAAGGAGCCCAACCUCCCGGGGGCUGCCCCACCUGA